AUGAUAUUCGCCGGGCGUACUUUAGCCAGAGCUGGCCUCAAAGGCAGGGCUGUGCAGUACGGCUGUCGCGUCGUCGCGGCCCAGCGCCGUCACAGGCACGACGGAAACGCAGGGGUCUACGAGUACGAGCCAUCCAAAAACCCCUGGGAGGACAACAGUUACCAUGCACUCAAGAAAGACAUCGGACAUACCGGGUGGCCAAUUCUGGUCGCCACGAACACCACUCAACCGAUGUGGCAGAGUUACACUUGGGGAGAGCACAGCGUCAUUCCUAGGGACGGAUAUGGCUGCCCUGGCACGUUUCCACCUGAGGUGAGCACCAAGAUCAGGCACACGUUCCGCCUGCCGCCGCAGUUCUACCCUUUCCUUAAGAAGCUGGCCGACGACACCCCCGAGCUCAAGCCUUACAUGUACCGGCUCAUCGAGGGCAAGUUCACCAACGACGACUACGAGGAGAUGUUCUACAAGUUCGCAAAGCCCCUCAAAAUAUAUCGCAAACUCAUUCCCAAGCCCUACAGAACUGCUGAGGAGCAGGCACGCGAGCCCGAGGUGUCGUGGGAAAGCGCGUGGCUCAGCUACAGGCAGCGGGUGGCUGCCGAGUACAACAUGGCUAUCAACAUGCGUGAAUACCUGAUGGGUAUGCUUAUAGCCGUGUUCGGCGCCAACCUCUGGCUGCAGAUGCACAAACAGUACCGUGCGGACAUGCGUUUGUACUACCACGAGGCACCAGAGCACAAGGUGAACUGGGUAGUGCCCCGUGGCGAUCUCAUUUAG